AUGGAGUCCUUGGCUCUUUGGGAUGGAAGAUGCAUCGACGGACUCAAGAAGAUACCAAAGACGACACUGAUAGUUGACGGAUAUGGCACAAUAACUGAGGAGGAAAAAAGAAAGAUACAGGGAAUGAAAAUGAACAUAGACUUCGAGGAGAGGACAACCCACUACUCUCUUGUAAUUCUGUGCAACACAACCCUAAGAUUUAAUCUGGCGAAUCCAUUAACUCUGGCAGAAUGCGAGAUCUGGUUUACAAGGAAAGCCUUCUCCUCAAGAGUAUUUAUGGAUGCUCUUAUCCACUAUUCGGAAUGCGAAAUAAAAAACGGGGUAUAG